AUGCUGAUACAAGUUAAAACUGAAGAAGGGGAAGAACCACAAACAAAAAAGAAAAGAAUUAGAGUUUCAGUAGCUUGUGAUUUUUGUCGAUCGAAAAAAGCAAAAUGUGAUGGAUUAUCACCAUCUUGUUCCAACUGUUUAACAAACAAUGAAAAAUGUAUUUAUACUCAAUCAUUAAAAAGAAGAGGGUUACCAACUGGUUAUACUCAUGAUUUAGAGAAAAAAGUUUUACUUUUGCAAGGUAUGAUUGCAUCAUUAAUAACGAAAAGAAAUUAUCUAGAGAAUGAUAUAUGGGAAAUUUUAAAGAAUCCUACGGAAUUAUUUAACAAUUUGAGUAAUUUAAAUUCUACUUGGACAAAUCAUGAAAUUUUUAAAUAUAUUGAAAAUAAUCAAGAUGAAUUAAAUCCAAUACUAGAAAGUGUUAAGUCCGGUAUGGGUAGUAAAUCAGUCAAAUCCAAUGGUAAAAGCUCUACACCAGAAAGUAAAGUAGACACGAAAAAGAGAUCAAAGCCAUCAUCAUCAACAACAACAACGAGUGAUCCACCACCAAUAGAUACCCCACACUCAUUACCUGAAUUUUCUCAACAACCAGCACCAACACAACAACAAAUUGCUACUAUCACCAGUAAUAAUAAUAGUUUUCCAAAUAUACCAUCACAAUUCAAUAGUAUGCUACCGACACCAAAUGGAUUAUUACCACCGGAAGCAGUUAAUUUUGUUAAUGACCCAUCAUUCUUUUUAAAUUAUGACAUUUUCCAAUUUAUAUCAGAUGAAGUAGAAGGAGCAGGUAAUUCAGAUAACAAUUGGGAACCAGUAGCAUUACAAUAUCAUGGAUUAUCUUCUAUAAUUUCAGGUUUUACAAAUAAAGCCAUUCAACAAAAUUAUAACAAGAAAUCUAUAGCUCAUAAAAAUCCUUUCCGAGUUGGAUCAAUUUUUAAUGUUUCAUCUUUUGCUAUUGAUGCAAGUUUACAAGAAAAAAUUUCAUUACCUUCAGAAAUGUUUCAAUUCCCACCAAAUGUUCGUAAAUAUGUUGAUUAUUUUUUUCAAAUUUUCCACAUUAUGAUACCAAUGUUGGAUAAAAUUAGUAUUAAACGACACUUGAAUCACCUUCAGGCUAUCAAUGACGAUGAAGGACAAACUUUUGAUUGUAAUGUUGUUGCAUUAAUUUGGGCAAUGAUUGCAUUAGGUGAAUCAAGUACUAAUUCAAGUGGUGAUUUAAUGGAAAGUUUAAGGUAUGCCAAAAAUGCAAUCAUGGCUUUGGAGUAUUCAUUAACUUCAACAAUUGAAACAAUGCAAGCUAUGUUAUUAUUAGGUAUAUUUUAUUAUAAUGUUGGUCAAUGGGAUUUUUCCUGGGUAUUAAUUAGUUCAAGUACAAGAAUGGCUAUUGAUGUUAGAUUAAUGAGAUCUGCAACAGAUGAAGAAAAUGAAAAAUAUAAAUCAAGUAGUACAUUAAAUAAUAUAAGUAGACAAAGAACAUGGGCAGCAGUUUACGCAAUAAACACUUUGUUAGCAGCAAGAAUGGGGAGAUCACCAGUUAUAAGAGCAGCAGAUUGGCCAAUACCGCAAGUCAACAAUGAUGGAUGGGAAGAAUGGGAAUCAUGGGAAUGUUAUCAUUCAUCGGAAUCUAUAAAAUUAACUCAUGGUAGAUUUUUAACAAAAUUUAAUGAAUUUGUUAGAGCUACUUCAAUAUUGAAUUUAGCAAUUACAUCAACUAUAGAUACAUCAAAGGGUAUAAUGGAUGAAUUAGAUGAUCAAGAUAAAGCAGAUUUAAAAAUUGAUUAUGAUGAUAGACAAAAUUCAAGUAGUAUGACAAUGAGUAAUUUUGAAUCUAAAAUUAAUGAAUGGAUGAGAAAUUUACCUGAUUAUUGUAGAUUGAAAGAAGAUUUAAAUGAUCCACCAAUAGUUGCAAUUCAUGCAAUGAGACAAUUAAUAUGGUGUGUUUUAGUUGUUAGAUUAAGUUCACUCAAGGGAAAUAAUGAAAUUCAAAGAAAAAUGAUUAGAUCAAGAAAUAUUCAAUAUACAAAAGCAAUAACAGCCAUAAAGAAAUUAUUCAGUUCAGACGUGGUACAAAUGGUAAGGUAUUAUCCAUUUGUUGAUUAUUUAAUUGCUAUUGCUAUGAAUUUCCCACAAAUGAUGGAUUUUUCAACAGAACAAGAAAAAAUUAUUCAUUGUAAAGAAAUGAAUAAAUUAUUAAUAAGUGCUCAAUUUAUACCAUCAAUGAGAAUAUCUCUUGAGAUUUCAAAACAUAUGAAUGUUGAACAACAAUUACAAUUUCAAGAAACUCCAAAAGCUCAAGAAAGUCCAACAAUUGCAAAUUUAUUAAAUUCUCCUGAACAAAGACCAGCUACAAAUCCAAUGCCAACAACCAACUCGGGAAAAUUAACAUCAAUACCUUUAAAUCCACCAAUUACGAGGGUUUCAUCAAAACAUGAAUCAUUAGAUUCUCAAUCAAGAGCUUUAUUGGAUGGUGUAAACGCAUUAAGUCCUCCAACAGAUUACGAUUAUCAAGUAAAACAACAACAACAAUUACAAAAUAGAAUGCCAACUGUUCCAGAACAUAUUCAACCUCAAGUGCCAAUACAAUAUCAACAACAUUCUCAUCCACAACAUCCCCCACAUCUCAAUGGUCAACCACAUUUAAGUCCACAACAACAAAGAGUACUUGUGAAUCAACAAAAAUUACAAGCUUUUGAAUAUAAAAAUUAUCAACCUCCACCUACUUCAUUACCUAUUAUACAACAACAAGUACAUAAUCAUCACCAUCAUCAUCAACAUCAACAACAACAACAUAAGUGA